AUGGGAGUUUGUUGGAUGCUCAUGAUACUACUGAGCUGCAUGUCAUCUUGUGCUUCUCUGCACCGGAGCCCCAGAGGAAACGAAGGUGAACAACUUCAAAUCCUUUACCUGAACGCACACAGCCGCCAGCCCGUGUUCGUGCCGUGCCCAAACGUGACCGGCGAAGACGUGACGUUUCAACUCUUCAAGAACCAGAACAUUCUUUGCCAGCUUGGCACCAAAAACCAAAACCAAUGCAACCAAACGCAAAUAAACGCACAACCGUGCAAAAACGAGUUGAAUCAAGUCGUGGGCUUCAACAUAACUGGACCAGCAGCAGCCAGAAGCAAGGCAAUCUUCAGAUGCGAGGCUAAAAUCAUGUUCCCUCCACCUUUCCUGUUACUGCAAAGUGAUCAGUGGGUCCUGAUCCUUACAGAAGAGGAUCUCUGCUUGUCCAACAAAGACGAAAGUAAUGGAUCAGAUUCAGAAGAAAGAAAGAGUUUAUUCUGGAUUUGGAUAACGGCAGUUUCACUUCUCGGCACCUACAGCUUAGCAAUCACCGCCGUUGCUUUGGUCAUCUGGGUAAGAUCGAAAGGGGCAGAAAACCAGAACGACUACAUGAACACCAAACCCAAAGCACCACGGAAGCGCAAGAAGAAAAAAGGGGUUCAGACUCCCAUACCAAGAUACUUCUGA